AUGGCGGAAGGUAACAUGGCACCCUGGUAUUCGUAUUACAUUUCCGACUUAGAUGAUAGCGAUUUAGCCCAGAUUCAGGAAAGCCUGCACCUUACGACUGAUUACCAACUGUGUGCUCCCAGACCGACUGAGCACCCUUCUUCCCCUCCCAAGGGCUUUGUAACGUUCUUUAAGGACCAACUGUUGGGAGGUCUCCGCUUUCCUCUUCAUCCUAUUUUCUCUUCUUUGAGUCAGUACUUUAGGAUCCCUCUCUCACAGUUCACGCCGAACGUUAUUCGUGCCAUCUGUGGCAUGGUCAUCCUCUAUAGGGUGUACCAGAUUCCUCUGACCGCAGAACUUUUCCAUCAUUUCUAUUCGCUGAAACGCUCCGAGCCUGACGUGUUCAUGGUGCAGUCCAGGGUCGGAUGUAAAUUUUUCUCCGAUAUGCCUUCCUCCAACAAAGAAUCCUCCACCCCACUAUUUCUGUCGGCGGUCCCUUAUGAGGCUGGCCCCGCAACUCUGAAGCUCAUUGAGGAAGAGCGGGCUACCUCUCCUCCUUCGGACAAACGCCUGCGGCUCCAGCGCAAACGUAAAAGAGUCGCGCCUUCAGUCCAAGCUUCUCCGCUUCACCCGCCCGAACGGGCUUCUUCCAAGCUUCCCAAAGUCCAAGUGCUAACACCCAGAGUUCCAGCUCAGGAGUCCCCCCAGGUGGCGGAAGUCCCGACCCUUACUCCCAUCCGGGUUUUGGCUCCGGAGCAGGCCGAUCCUUCUGCUGGAGACCAGCCCGGGAGCUCUGCGACCCCUUCCUCUAUUCCGACCGCUUCCUCCCCUUCAGCCGCCCGCACCAGGGGACGCUCUCAGAGGAACGAACUGGAUUUCAUUGCCUCCUGGUGUCUACCCUCCGAAGCUGAAUCAAAUCCCACAAGGACUUCAGUAGAGGCAGAUGUCCCUCCGGUCCGUGGCAGAAUCCAUCUACAAGGUGAACUGGCAGCCCUUUGGCGAUCAACCAACGAGCAGUUCCGUGAAGGCUCUCGAUGGGGGAGUCUGGAUUUGGCCUCCCGACACAUCAUAUCGGCUUGCUCCAGUGGCCUGUGCUUGACCCAUUUUGCCGCUAAUCUGCUCCAGGAAAUUGAGUCGCUGAAGGCUCGCAUUCAAGAAUCGGAGUUGCCGUUGACUCCCCGUGACCCGUUUGACCCUUUGGAUUCCUAUCUGUACGCGGUCAGGGAGUCCACUCAAUCUGCCCGGAAACUGGUCCAGGAGUCCACUAAAAAAAUAAAAGAGCUACAAGCGGCCUUACAGGCCAGUUACUCCAAGCUGAAUUUGAAGGAUCAAUGUCGUCAUCAGCUGGCGGACGAGUUGAAGGAGAAGGACUCCAAGCUGGCCGCUCUUACUGUAGACUUGAAGGCACUCCAGGAAUCUAACAAGCUCAUACAAAAAGACCUGGAGGUUGCUCGAGCGGACUUGGUAGCCAGUGCUGACCGGGAGAAGAUUGGUAAGACUCAGCAUGAUCGGGAUCAGGCCACCAUCAAAUCUCUUAAGGCCGACCUUCUCAAAGCACAGGCAGAGGCUUCCACUUUAAAGCAAGAGAAGGCACUAGCCCUGGCCUCUACAGAGGAAGUGAGGGUGGAGCUGGUGGAGUACAGAUCAGGCGAAGGCGCACAUCUCGAAGCUUACAGGCUCUCCUACAUUAAGUCUCCCAUGUUCCAGGAGAAGAUAUUUUCACCGACCGGAUGCUCUGCUAUGGGGGUGCGGGAGCAGUGCGCCAACUGUUUGAGCAAGGACUUCUUCGCUCCGCCCCCCUAG